GCGACAGGUUAUUGGUAAGGCGUUCAUUUCCUGGUUUCUCUUGUUUUUGUAUUUUAUGACACGACUGAGUGUGCAGCACCUAGACUUCAUAAGCAGCGUGAUAGUGCACGUUAGUGCGUGUUAUUGGCUGUCGAAGUCAUUUGAAGCAGGUCAUAGUUGAUAUUUAUAUCAAUGUAACGGGUCUUUUUUUGCAUUGGUUGCAUCAUGGUUCAACCGCAGGUUUCUGUUGUGGGAGCGGUUUAAAGAGGAAGCACAGCGCUGCUCCCGUAGACUAUUUUUGUGGGUGCAAUUUCCUUCCUUUAAACCACACAUCUUUUUUUAACAGGAUGUCUAAUUCGCUGCCAUAAAUUGACUUCUCGUGUGCGUGCGUGUGUGUGUGUGUGUGUGUGUGUGUGUGUGUGUGUGUGUGUGUGUGUGCGUGUGCACAUGCCCUUGCAUAGCCUGAACCACCCUGCACAGUCUCUACGUACAUGGGCACAUGGACCAUUAUCACAGCCACAGUGUGUUUGUGAUGUGUCGAGGUGGACGCCCUGGGGACAGAGGCGUGUGAAUGCACUUAUUGAUGCAUGCGUGUGUUUCUUUCUGAGGAAGUGGGUUGCUUAUCAGUGUGUGCGCAUGUGUGUGUGUGUGUGAGAGGCUGGACGUCUCUGCCCUGCCCACUUGACACGGCUAAGUAUACUGUAUAUACUGUGAUGGAGAAUCAGCCUGCCAGCGAGAUCUGCUGCCAAUGUUACAGAUUCCGCAGAGUUCUUCGAUAUGCUGGAGAGGAUGCAGGUCCCGAAAGCUGAAGAGCCCAAAAGAAGGAAGGAUGACUACAUCCCCUACCCACGGAUAGAAGAUGUCCUGGAGAAAGGUGGUCCGUACCCCCAGGUGAUCCUGCCACAGUUCGGGGGUUACUGGAUCGAGGACGUGGAAGCACCAGCCGGGACCCCGUCCUCCUCAGAGUCCAGUUUCUGUGAGGAUGAGGAGGAGGGAGGAGAGGGCAUCAGCCCCGGUGGGGGGCACAGCUACCGCCUGGAGUGUAACAGCACAGCCCGUGCCUACCGCAAGCACUUCCUAGGCAAGGAACACAUGAACUAUUACUGCACCGGCAGCAGCAUAGGCCACCUCAUCAUGUCUCUGAAACACGAGGAGGCCGAGGGACAGGAGUUCCUACGCAUCAUGCUCAGGUCGAGGAUCAAAACCGUCCACGACAGGAUCUCUUUAGCGGGCAUCAACCAGCUGCCCAGUGUGCCGCAGAUUGCCAAGCUUCUGUGUGACGAUGCCACGGGGCUGAAGUUCAACCCCGGCCUCUACCCCCGGGGAUCCCAGUUGAUGGUGGCUUACGACGAACACGAGGUGAACAACACCUUCAAAUUCGGAGUCAUCUACCAGAAGUUUGGACAGACAUCAGAGGAAGAGUUGUUUGGGAACAACGAGGAGACGCCGGCUUUCAAGGAGUUCGUCGGCAUCCUGGGCGACAAUAUUGAACUUCAGGACUUUAAAGGGUUCCGCGGCGGGCUGGACGUGUCCCACGGACAGACCGGGUCUGAAUCCGUCUACACUGUAUUCCGACGGAGGGAGAUUAUGUUUCAUGUGUCAACCAAGCUUCCCUUCACUGAAGGAGACGUCCAGCAGCUCCAGAGGAAAAGGCACAUAGGAAAUGACAUUGUGGCCGCGGUCUUCCAGGAAGAGGCCACUCCGUUUGUUCCAGACAUGAUCGCCUCCAAUUUCCUGCACGCUUACUUGCUGGUGCAGGUUGAGAACCCCUGUACGGAGCACACGACAUACAAGGUGUCUGUUACAGCGAGGGAGGACGUGCCUCCUUUUGGACCCCCUCUCCCGAACCCAGCUGUCUUUAGGAAGGGUCCUGAGUUUCGGGACUUCCUGCUGACAAAGCUGAUCAAUGCUGAAAACGCCUGCUACAAAUCCGACAAAUUCGCCAAACUAGAGGGGCGAACUCGUGCUGCGCUGCUGGACAACCUCCACGACGAGCUGCACCGACAGAGCCAGGCAACGCUGGGCCUGGGCCAGCCGGGGGAGGAGGACAAGCUGGAGAACGGGGGACACGGGGGUCUGCUCGAGUCCUUCAAGAGGGCCAUGCGUGUCAGGAGCCACUCCAUGGAGACCAUGGUGGGGUCUCACCGUCACCGGAGCCCCGGGGUAGGAGGUGGGGUCCCGGCCAGCGUGAGCGGAGGAGGACUGCCGCAGAGCACCAGCGAAUGCACAAAGAGCACCUUCACUGAGAAGCCUAAUUCUAUCAUCUGUGACCUUCAGCCUCCCGUGUUGUCGGCCAAGUCUCCCCUGAAGAGCCCAGUGAAGCGGCGCUCGGGCCUCUUCCCCCGUCUCCACUCCAGCACAGAAUCCCCGUCGGACAAACACACUCGCAGCGACCAAAAGCCUGCCGAGUUCUGCCCGCUGUCCCAAGAGGUGAGGUCAGAGACAUCAUCCAAUCCCAGCUCGCCUGAGAUUUGCUCCAACAAAGAGAGGCCGUUUAUCAAGCUGAAAGAGUGCGGCAGCGGCAGGCCGAACAUCUCGCGCUCGUCAUCCAGCACCAGCAGCUUCAGCAGCACCACGGGAGAAACAGAAGCUCUGGAAGAGCUGGAGACGGCCAGCCAUCCCUCCAUUACAUGCUCGUCCGCCUUUAGUCCUUCCCUCAGCGUCGACAACCAGGGAUCAGGUACCCCUGUCAUCAUGUGCCGCAGUCCGACAGAUGUGAAAAGUAAGACGUCCCCGAGGUCAAGCUUGAAGUUCCGCUUUGACAAAAUGAGCCACUCAUCCACAACUUCCGAGUAGCUUUGAGGAAUGGAAACAUCCGACUGGCACAACAAAGGGACCGCGCGGGGGGGUUGACGCAGCUGCAACAAAAAAAAAAGAGAAAAAUAUCACAACAACAACAACAACAACAACAACCACGAAAUCUGCGUAGAAGCACUCCACGCCAAGGAGGGAUCUGAUCGGAUGACCAACUGCACAACACACUAUAAACUAACUGACAAUACUGUGAGUGUAUAGUGAGGAGAAGCAGCGGCCAUGUUGGCUUUCCUUUUAACCAACCUUAGACUAACGCUUCGCCAAUGUUACGAGUUGCUGCAUCUCGGUUGUUAAUUGUCCACAUCACACGAGCGUCCUAGCAUGGCUGUAAUACUGGUGAGUGUCGGCCGAGCCAGACUCCGCCUCCAGCUUUUUUUUUUCCUCCUCAAGCAUUCUUGUUUGAUGGUCGAUCUAGAAGAAUGGUACCACGAGACGAUGGCCGAACUGUUGCUGUUUAUCUAGUCGACGUCUAUAAGAAUUGUCAGGCAUCAGGGUGUGUCCACCUUUCUCCCUCCUUGAAUGGUACGUCUGGCAACGGUUCCUCUUUUGUCCUGAAAUGACGACGCGGACGCAGAAAACAAACACGCGUGCACAGCGACAUCGUGUUUAGACUCACAGUAGCAUGGUUUCCGGAGGCGACAGCAGUGGGGAGUCUCAACUCUCCGCCGUGGGCGCCGAGCUUGUUUAUUUUGCAUAUGGGAAAAAAAAGACGCUUUUCUAGGGGAACGCCUUUUGAUUUCCGAGAUGCUGUUGUAACCUCGCUAGCUGCCGCAUUGUGUCUACUGCACUAUACACACUACAUUGCUGAAACGUAGUCGAUGCCGAUGGCAGCAUUUCUGUACCUGGGAGGGUAACUUCAUAUCCCUGAAGUCCAGCGCUUGGUUAGUGGAAAUGAGCUCACAGGGGCCACAGUAGGAGACACUGCCAACACAUUUUGCCAUAAGCUUAUUUUAGCCAAAGCUGCGCCUUACAAUCUAUCAAAAGCCCUGUUCACCCCUGAUGUGCUCUCUCUCUCUCUCUUUAUCUGUCUCCCUCACUGUGUGAGAGGACAGGAAUCUCGUGGAUCUGGUUGCAGCACAGCUGUGGGUAGCCGAUCAACGCCGUCAUUUGCUGAAAAUAGACGUUGCACUGACAUUUCUCCGUCCCAUUGAAGCUUGCUAGCUCGGUGUAUCUGUCUAUGUUCGGUGGACCUUUAUCUCCCUGGGGUUUGUCAGUUCCCCCACCGUGCGAGCUGAUGAAGAAGACUUGAAAAAAAAAAAAAAAGAUGCUAUAGGUUAAACAAACCUUGUGAACCACACUUUGGCAAAAAAAAACACUUUGAAUGUGAACUUUUUUUUCUUUCUUUUUUUUGACGCUUUGUUAGUUGUUAUUACAAAGUCUCUUAGAAGUCAAUCGCGAAGCCAGCUGCUUACAAGCACAACAUGACUAAAGGUCUCCUCUUGUCCUCAACUAUACCGUAACGUUAGCCUGCAGCUGCACAAGCGACAGUGAGCAGGGCAUAGUGGGAGUGUGCGAAUCAAGAAGAAGAAGAAGAAGAAAUAAAGAGCUUGCAGACAUGCAGCUGUGUUUCCAUGUGUGACCCGGCAGCCAAGCUGCUCGGUCUUUUUUUUUUUUGGAAGAACGUCCACGUGCUCUUAAGAGAAGCAUUCCUGGACGGCUUGACAGUGUGUGAAGUUCUGUCGACGUGACACUCGAAUCCCAGAGGGGGGGGGGGGGGUCACCUUCUUAGUGAUCUAAAAUCACACGAACGCCGGAAGUCCAGGUGUCAUUUAGUUCGUAGCAGGUACGGCGUCUCCCUAAAUGCCCUGCAGUCUUUCUUCUGUUAAUAUGCUUAAUUUAUUAAAAAAUGAUGACUUCUUUUGCGUCGAUGUCAUGUAAAAGAAAUGUAACUGCAGAGUAUGCUAAUUAAUACGGUUAAAAAAUAAAAAUAAAAAAAAGAUUAAAGGAAUAUAUAUUAAUUUAAAAAGAUGUCUAAACAUGUAUAUGUAUAUUUGGUUAUGUAACGUGCCAUUGAGAAUUUAUUCUAAAAAUAAAAACGUUGUAUUUUGUGUGA